UGGGAUAGAACAGCUCUCAUCAACCAAGGCAGAGGACUUUAACUUCACCCAACAGCACGUCAGAGCUGUCAAAAUUUGGAUUCCAGCCACAAUGAUAGAAAUGUUAUUGUUUCGCCGUGAUUUCCGAGACUGACAUUCCAGCUGGCAUAAAGCUUUUUCCGGCAAUCGUGUCAACUUUUCCCCCGAGUAGAUGCAAGAUGGCCUCGAUCCUGGGCAGCAGUCGUGGCUAUUUAAAUUUUCUUAGAGAUUAAUUUGUGUUAACGAUGCUCGUUCUUAGGGGUUUCAUUUUCUUUUUCAAUAACGGUUUUUUAAGGACACCUGAGACUGUGGCCUGUGGUAACGUCAUGGUUUUGCCUUCUUUGGCAAACAGGUGACGUCACGUUGUAUUUGGGAUUUAAAUUAAGUCUGGUAAAACAACAGCACAUAAAUCAAAAAAAGAAAAAAACAAGUUAAUAUAUACUAGGACUACGGCAGGCACAAUGGCAGCAGUAGAGGGGGAUUCCCCUCCUAACCCGGCCUGCAAAAUCAUGACCUUCCGGCCCUCCAUGGAGGAGUUCAGAGACUUCAAUCAGUACCUGGUCCACAUGGAGACUCAGGGAGCUCACCGAGCCGGCCUGGCCAAGGUGAUUCCGCCCAGCGGCUGGCGGCCGAGGCGCAGCUAUGACGACAUCGACGAGCUGGUCAUCCAGGCUCCCAUACAGCAGAUGGUGGCUGGGCAGUCCGGCCUCUUCACCCAGUACAACAUCCAGAAGAAGCCCCUGAAAGUGCAGGAGUUCCGCAGGCUGGCCAACAGCAACCAAUACUGCACGCCUCGAUAUGUGAACUACGAGGAUCUGGAGAGGAAGUACUGGAGGAACCUGACCUUCCUCUCUCCUAUCUACGGCGCGGAUGUGAGCGGAUCGCUGUACGAUGAGGGUGUCGAGGAGUGGAACAUCGGCCACUUGAACUCCAUCUUGGACGUGAUCGAAGAGGAGUGCGGGGUCUCCAUACAGGGAGUGAACACCCCCUACCUGUAUUUUGGGAUGUGGAAGACGAGUUUCACCUGGCACACGGAGGACAUGGACCUCUACAGCAUCAACUACCUUCACUUUGGGGAACCCAAGUCCUGGUAUGCCAUUCCCCCAGAACACGGGAAGAGGCUGGAGCGUCUGGCCACAGGCUUCUUCCCGAACGGCUUCCAGAACUGCGAAGCUUUCCUUCGGCAUAAGAUGACCCUCAUCUCGCCGUCCGUACUGAAGAAAUACAGCAUCCCCUUCGACAAGAUCACUCAGGAGGCAGGGGAGUUCAUGAUCACCUUUCCCUACGGCUACCACGCCGGCUUCAACCACGGCUUCAACUGCGCCGAGUCCACCAACUUCGCCAGCCUGCGCUGGAUCAACUACGGCAAGGUGGCCACUCAGGAGACACCGGCUGAUCCCUAUCUGACGUGAUGGCAGCGAUGAAACCGAACAGAAGAAUAAAUUCUGGAAGAUUC